UCGGCGCGAAAGCGAGUAGCCAACGGCCUGUGGAGCAACAUGCCUAAGUUUUAUUGUGACUACUGUGAUACGUAUCUUACGCAUGAUUCUCCAUCUGUGAGAAAGACGCACUGCAGCGGUCGGAAGCACAAGGAGAACGUGAAAGACUACUACCAGAAAUGGAUGGAAGAGCAGGCCCAGAGCCUGAUUGACAAAAUAACGGCUGCAUUUCAACAAGGAAAGAUACCUCCAGCUCUAUUCUCUGCUCCUCCUCCUGCAGGGGCCAUGAUCCCGCCUCCCCCCAGUCUCCCGGGUCCUCCUCGCCCUGGCAUGAUGCCUGCACCCCACAUGGGAGGCCCUCCCAUGAUGCCGAUGAUGGGUCCACCUCCUCCUGGGAUGAUGCCCGUGGGACCUACUCCUGGAAUGAGGCCUCCCAUGGGUGGCCACAUGCCCAUGAUGCCCGGGCCUCCAAUGAUGAGACCCCCUGCUCGCCCUAUGAUGGUGCCCACAAGGCCUGGCAUGACUCGGCCAGACAGAUAAGAGCGGAAAGGCUCUAUUUCGGUUUUGUAUUUCUUGUUCUGUUUCAGCAGGAGAUCACGGUGCUGAGCCUGGGUGUUUUCUAGCUGCACUACAAGCA